CCCCCGAAAUAGGCCAACUUGAUCAAGACGCCCAAACUUCGCCACGCAAAACCUUUGCCCCCCUGCCAGCCGUCCAUCCUUGAUCAGACGGUCGACGACCCCGAAAGUACUGCGAACUUACAGAGCCCUUCUUCCUCGCCUCCACGGUUUCUCCAUGGUGCCGCCCCUUCCAUCGUAUGCGGAUGAGCCGAGGACGCGAGAGAGAGAGAGAGAGAGAGAGAGAGCCUAACGGUGGAUUUUGCUUUUGAGACCCUAGAAUCCUCUUCGAUCUCGACAGGCGAGGCUGCAUGAGUAGGAGGGGAGAGGACGGUCGCGGCGUCAGACGAAGGUUCUUGAAGCACUCAUGGCGCCGUUCAUCGUCUCCUCCCCGUGGACGCUGCCUCCGCCUCCUCCCGGCUGCGGAGUUUCGUCUCUCAUCCGGGGUUCUGCGAAGCCGAACCCCCGCCGAUGCGUUGGCCACCUUCGACGGUUGAGGCUGAGGCCCUCCGGCUGCCCCAUUCGCAGGUUGGAUGUAUUCACUUCAAAAUGCUUUGCUACAAACACUGAUGUUGAUGGUGACAAUGUAGCAGCUGAGAAUACAGUUGCAGAAAAUCCUAGGCCUCUUUCAUCCAGUUGCUCAAUAUCAGUUCAUCUGAAAUCUGAUAUUCUUGAUUCUAUACCUUUAGAUUUGUCGAGCAAAAAGACAGAUGCAAACCAUGUCUUCACAAACCUACAUGUUUUAUCUAAAAGAGAGCAAGAUGCUCUAGCAGCUACUCCAACACAUCCUGCAAGUUUAUAUGUUCUAUAUGCUAUCUCCUUGGUGGGAAAUUUAGUCGAACAACUCUGGAACUUCGUUUGGCCUGCUGCUGUUGCAAUUGUUCAUCCGAGUCUUCUGCCUGUGGCUGUUGUGGGUUUCUUCACAAAGCUAGCCAUUUUUGUUGGGGGCCCAUUGGUUGGUAAACUUAUGGAUUGUUUCCCUAGAGUUCCUGCAUAUCAUAGCCUAAAUGUUAUUCAGACAGCUGCUCAGUUGUUAUCAGCUAGUAUGAUCAUAUAUGCACUAAAUAAUACCGUAAAGCAAAGCUCUACAUCUUCUGUAAUUCUCCAACCUUGGUUCAUGGUACUCGUUGUGGCUGGGGCAAUUGAAAGGCUUGCAGGCUUAGCAUUGGGGGUCACGAUGGAGCGUGAUUGGGUUGUUAUGUUAGCAGGCAGAAACAGGCCAGUUGCACUUGCCCAAGCAAAUUCUGUACUUAGUCGAGUUGAUCUUCUUUGUGAGAUAGCUGGUGCUUCACUCUUCGGCAUUUUGUUGUCAAAGUACAAUCCAGUGACAUGCUUAAAACUUGCUUGUGGUUUAACAAUAUCUGUGCAACCUAUUCUGGUUAUCCUGGGUCAUGUUAUCAAUUCACUUUCCAGUGGUGUUCUUGAUUGCUCAAGAUCUGGCGUUAAACCUGUUGGUUCAUCUUCUUUGUUUGAUGCCAGGAAGAUCGUUGAAAAUGGACUAGAUGCGUUUGGACAUGGCUGGAAGGAAUAUAAGCAUCAGCCUGUGCUUCCUGCAAGUUUGGCAUAUGUGCUUCUUUACUUCAAUAUUGCUUUAGCACCUGGUGCCAUAAUGACUGCAUUCCUAGUACAUCAUGGGAUAAAUCCAUCAAUUAUUGGUGGAUUCAGUGGAUUAUGCUCUAUCAUGGGUUUUGCUGCGACGUUCAUGUCUGCAAGUCUAGUAAGACAGCUCGGCAUAUUAAAGGCAGGAGCUGCUGGAUUGAUUUUUCAUGCUUUUUUGCUCACAUUAGCUGUUUCUGUGUAUUGGGCCGGUUCUAUUACUCAGCAAGCUAGACUACUAAUUUUUCUCUCCUUGAUUGUAGUGUCACGAUUGGGCCAUAUGUCAUAUGAUGUUGUGGGGACACAGAUUCUUCAAACGGGAAUUCCUACUGCCAAAGCAAAUUUGAUAGGGAUAACAGAAGUUUCAAUGGCCAGCCUAGCUGAACUUCUGAUGUUUGGUGUAGCAAUAAUUGCAAAUGACGUUUCACAUUUUGGUUUUCUGGCUACACUAUCUGUGUCCUCGGUUGCAGUAGCUGCCUUGAUUUUUUGCUGGUGGUUAGCUAAUCCAACAGAUGGUCAGAAAAAGCUCUUCAAGUUUGAUGCUCCACUUUAAUGCAUAUUGUAGCAGAGUUAUGUUGGAGUCUGUAAGGCAGCAAGCUUUCUUCCUGCCUCUGAUCUCCAGUCUGGCAUUUAGUUAUCACCUGGAGAAUUUUUUAGGUGCUUCAGCUGGGAAUGAAAUGACUGGGCAUAAAUUUGGCUAUGGAGCUCCUAGACAAACAUCAACCAAACACUUCCAAUAGCUGGAAAUACACAAGCCUAAAUGCUGCUUCACAUUCUACUGAGUACUACUAUUUGAGUUCUUGAGAUUAAACUUAAUCAUGUGUUUGUUCAAUGAUUUCAAUCUUGAUUUCAUAGAGUUUUUUCUUUUGAAAAAAAUUAACACAUUUUGUUAUCACAAUUGGCCAUGUAUAUAUAACAACCAGAGUAAAGUCUUUGGUGACCAAAAUAAAUACACAACAUGUCUCACUCUCCAUAGAAAUUGGAGCAGUUUGACCAAAAAUUUGCUAGAAUAUAUGCUAUGUUAACAUGUGGAAGUAGAAAACAGAACAGAAAAAAAAUUCAACUAGUGAUCUUGUUUUUAAGUUGUACUGAUAUCAGAAAAUUGUGAUUAAUCUUGUGCACUUGAUUAAUUUUGUGGAAAGGGAUCCAAACUUUGUCAUGUGUAAAUUCUCAGUAUGAUUUUUAAACUUUGAAUUGUUUCUGAUGCUGUUGGGCUCUUUCUUGGUUAAACUACUUUUUCUCUUGAGCUGUUCUGUGCUAGAAACUACUGGAGGAUUUCAUAUCUUCACAAGCUGUAAGUUAUUUCAUUGUCUGAUAAAUGUUGCUAAUGUUGACAUGAUUUUUUUCUGUGACUUGAAUAACCAAUGUGAAUAAGGCUGAUACAAUUUUAUUCUCGUAAAUAAGAAAAAGUAUUUCUAGGAGCAAUUGUUGAUUUAAACGCAGUGGUGACAUAAUUUUAUUUUUACCAAUAAAAUAUAUUACAUUUUUAUUCAAAAAUAAUAUAGCAUAAUGUUAUCCUAUGGGCUGUGCUAUGACAUAAUGCUAUUGUCGAGGUUGGCCACAAACGAUAUGUAUCGUGGCUUCCGAUGAGCUGUCCCUCUUUUAUUGGGUGACAAAAGCUGUUUUCUCUGUGGCAAGCAACGCCCUUUUUCUGUUAUUUACACGCGGAUGUCCGAUGUUCGUCAAUAUAUAGGCACGAAAAAAGAAGGGGUGCCUUUAUCAUCACCACGCUGGUUAUUUGGGCCGCCUCGUCGUUUCUCUGCUCGCACAGCUCUCUUUCAUCGCUUCGAGGAGUGAGGAAGGCGGCCGAUCGGCGCGGUUCUCGCCGUGCAGCGGUGUGAUGGCGACCAUCUCAUCCUCGUCAACGUCCAGAAGGAGGGCCACUACGAAGAGGGCGAGAUGCAGAUGCAGGAGACCACCGGAUCUCAAGCAUUUGUCCACACUAACAGAGUUAUCUGACCCUGGUACCGCAAAGAAAUAUGGGGUGAAGCCUGAUGCUGAAAACUUGGGACAUACUCAGCACUCUAUCCAGGCAAAAGGAGAUUGUUAUUGUGAUGAAGAUCCACAGGGGAGAGGCUGGUGAAAAGAUAUAUGAAGCUAUCGAUAGUAUUCCUCUAAGCUGUUUGGUCACUGGGAAUAGAGGGUUUGACAGGAUCAAGAGGGUGAUUUUGGGUAGCUUAACUACAUGGUGAAUAAUGCUACUUGCCCAGUCACAGUUGCAAGGAGUGCUGAUCCUGAAAGUUAAACUCAUCUGUUUUGAUCUUCUGCAGCAACCUUGCCGGUUCCCUUUGAUAGCAGAUAAAGAUUUCCUCAACUGUACGAGGAAAUUUUUCCUCAACUAGUUGAGGAAAUCUUUAUCUGCUAUCACCCUUGGGCGCAUAUUUCAUGCAGAGCUCAAGAUCACCUUCCCCCAAAUAAGAAACUUGGUUGUUCACGUAAACUUGUUUGACAAGGUUGUACUUGUAAGUUAUGAUGUAUAUAUACUAAUUUCAACAGAUUUGCUAUGUUCAUUUCUAUCAUUGCAUGUUAAAUCUCUUCCUCCCUCAUUGUUCGAAUCCUAUGUUUAUAGAACUUCUUAUACAGGUGUUGUUGGUGGCCAAAGUGUGAGAUGCGGAACAUGAAGAUUCAAGCUGAGCAUGUGAGCUUAAUUUCUAUGCCAUGUUCUAUUUCUUUGUUUCAUCAGUGUUCUACUCAAUGUUGCAGCAUAAGAUUCUGUAGUUUCCGCAUUGCAUGUUCUGUGCCAAAUGUCCAACUCCCAUGUUUUUUUUCGUGCCAAAUGUUUCUUAUAUUUACAAUAUUUUUUCCCCAUGUUUCAUACCUUAUCAGGGAAUUCACUAUGAACAACAUAUAAGAACAUUUUCCUGCCAUUAGCUCCA